AUGUGGAACCAGACUUCAGCAAAAGAAUUCCUCUUCCUUGGUCUCUCUAGGAACUUCAAGAUCCGUCUCAUUCUUUUUGGGUUAUUCUUUAUGGUCUAUAUGAUCACACUGGCAGGUAAUGUGAUUAUACUGGUGCUUAUCUGGCUGGAUUCUCGCCUCCACACUCCCAUGUAUUUCUUCUUGAGCCAUCUUUCCUGCGUGGACAUCUGCUAUACCUCCAGCACUGUCCCCCAGAUGUUGGCCAACCUUCAGAGUCCUAACAAACCCAUCUCGCUGAUUGGUUGUGCAGUGCAGAUGUAUACAUUCCUAGCCUUGGCCACCACGGAAUGCAUACUCCUUGCAGUGAUGGCGUAUGAUAGAUACGCCGCCGUAUGUCACCCCCUGCAUUAUACCUUCCUUAUGAACAAAAAGGUGUGCAUCAAACUGACCGUGGCAACAUGGACCAGUGGCCUUUUAUUGCCAGUGGCACAUGCAGUCCUCACGUGGCGGUUGCCUUUUUGUGGCUCCAAUUUGAUCGACCACUUUUUCUGCGAAAUGCCCGCACUGCUGAAGCUGGCAUGUGCUGACACCAACACGGUGGAAAAGCUCACUUCGUUUGGAUGCAUUGUCACCUUGGUCACACCCAUCUCCUUUAUCAUGAUCAGUUACACCCGCAUACUGGCAGCCAUCUUAAAAAUCAAAUCUACACAAAGUCAGUGCAAAGCUUUCUCGACGUGUGCCUCUCAUGCAUCCGUGGUGGUGCUUUUCUAUGGCAGCGCCAUAUUUAUGUACAUGAGACCUGAGUCUAGUCACAGUCCAGGUCAGGACAAAAUGAUCUCUCUCUUCUAUAGCAUUGUAAUUCCCUUGUUCAAUCCCAUAAUAUACAGUCUGAAGAACAAAGAUGUCAAAGGGGCAUUGAUUAAGGUACUGCAUAAAUGCAGGUCUUGUUGCUCACCCAGUUAG